AAACGAAAUUUAUACGAAUCUCACUAAAUUAAUGAUAGUAUAAUAUUAUAUUAUUUUUAAAAUAGUGAGACCCACGUAAAUUUCACUAAGGGAAAUAAAUGGGCCUGCGGUAAUUUGAUGUUGGGCCAAAUGGGCUUGGAUUAUGAAUGAAUUUCAUAAUCCAAGAUGAAUGUUUGAGCAAUGUCAGAAAUCUGCAGAAAUAUUUAAAGGAAAAAAAAUGCCUUUUUUAUGUGUAUUGUGUCAUUUUCACAAGUCAGAAACUUGGUCUCUUCAAUUUCUCUUCUCCGCCAUUACCAGUUACUGCCAAGGACUGAUGUAAAUUUGAAGGCUGUAUAUCUUUUGGGAGACUGGUGAAGGUGGGGCAUUGGAAGUUCACUUGGCUACAUCCCUCAAUCUACUGUUUUGAGAUUUGGAUUUUUGAUGGACUGCAACAAAGAAGAGGCCUUAAGGGCCAAGGCCAUUGCUGAAAAGAAGAUGGAAAGCAGGGAUUUCGUGGCGGCUCGAAAGUUUGCUCUUAAGGCUCAGAAGCUGUAUCCUGUUUUGGAAAACAUAGCUCAAAUGCUUGUUAUUUGUGAUGUGCACUGCUCUGCUGAGCAGAAAGUGAUUGAUGAUGAGACUGAUUGGUAUGGAAUUCUUCAGCUAGAACACACAGCUGGUGAUACAAUGAUUAAGAAGCAGUACCGAAAGUUUGCUCUUCAACUUCAUCCUGAUAAAAACAAGUUUGCUGGUGCAGAAGCUGCAUUUAAGCUGAUUGGGGAAGCUCAAAGAGUGCUUUUAGACAGAGAAAAACGAACUAGAUAUGACAUGAAGCUUAAAGCGAAAAAAACUGCUAUGCCACAUCAUAAUCCACAGAAGGUUCCUACGAAUUUCAAUUCUGCAAUGAAAAACAAUGCCAGGCCCAAUUUUACAAACUCGAACACCCAGCAGCAGCAGCAGCAGCAGCAGCAAAAUAAGCAGCCCGCGCAGCAGCAAAAUGGUGGGCGCAGUACUUUUUGGACUGCUUGUCCGUUUUGUUCUGUGAAGUAUCAAUACUACAGAGAAGUAUUAAAUAAACCUCUUCGCUGUCAACACUGCCAUAAGCCAUUUGUUGCAUAUAUUGUGGAUAUACAAGGUACAUCACGGACAACUAACUCAAGUCAGCAAGCUUCCAAGGAGAAUGUUGGAUCUCAAGGCAACUCGCAUGCUGAGAAAUCCAAUACAAACCCUUUCAAGAAUAAAGUCCCGGUUGGUGUCUCUAGAAAGUCAAAUGUGAAGAGAAACUGGAAUCAAGUGAAUGAAUCCAGUCAAAGCUCUGAUUCUACAAGCAGCAGUGAUUCUAGUGAUUCUGAAGUUGAAAGAAUGGGUGGGUAUGGUUUUCCUGGUGUAAGAAAUCAUUCAACUGAGCAGCAACCAAGAUCUGUGCGACAGAAGCACAAGGUUUCCUACGGUGAUAAUAUGAGCAACAAUGACAAUGACUUAUCAAAAAAGGGUCAUGAGAAUAGAUCAGCUUGUGGUGAUGGUCAAAGUCAUGGCGAGAAAACUAAAACUAAAGAUCAGAAUGGUUUAACAGCCGAUCCAAGAGAUGAACAUGAAAAGGUAAAACAGAAACAGGAUUUUCAUUUUAAAGAGAGCUCACUGGAUAGAAAUGAGGAAAAAAAGAGGGCUAGUGGAAAAGAAGCUGUGGGAGGGUCGAAGCAUAUGGACGAAACUUCAGAGAAUUCUUCUCCAAAUUCAAUGUGCAAUACAACAACUCUUCCUAAUGCUUAUGCCUAUUUCAAUGCAGAGUUCAGUGAUUUUGACAAGAACAAAAAAAAAGAAUGUUUUGCACCUGGGCAGAUUUGGGCUAUCUAUGAUGCAAAAGAUGGCAUGCCUAGAUUAUACGCUUUGAUCAGAAAAGUUUUCUCUCCUGGAUUUAAGUUGCAGGCAACAUGGCUUGAAUCACAUCCAGAUGACAAAGAUGAAAUCAAGUGGGUAGGUGAGGAUUUGCCGGUUGCUUGUGGGAAAUUUAAACUUGGUGCCACUGAUAUCUUUGAAGAUCAUCAGCUGUUUUCUCAUCUGGUUCAAUGCGAAAGGAUUGGCCGCAAUACUUUUCAUGUGUAUCCUAGAAAGGGAGAAACGUGGGCUCUUCUUAAAAAUUGGGAUAUUAAAUGGUACAUGGAUGCGGAAUCUCAUAAGCAGUAUGAAUAUGAGUUUGUUGAAAUCCUAUCAGAUUAUGCCAAUGGUGAGGGUGUACAUGUUGCGUACUUGGGUAAAUUGAAAGGUUUUGUAAGCCUCUUCUUUCGAAUUAUGAGAGAAGAUAAUCAGAUGUUUCAAAUUCCAUCCCUGGAGUUAUUUAGAUUCUCUCACAUGGUUCCAUCUUUCAAAAUGACUGGUCAGGAAGGAGUUGGUGUUCAUUUAGGAUAUUUAGAACUUGAUCCUGCAUCUUUACCAAUGGAUCUUGAAGAGAUUGCUGAUCCUCAAAAUUUGGAUGUCAAGAUUGGGCAUGGUUCAUGUGGCAGUGAUAAUGCAGGAUCUUCAAAAAUAUCAAAACCCUUGAUGACCCCUGACAAAGUUAUAUCCACUCCCAAGUUUAAUGUUGAAACAAGCAACAUGACUGAGAUAAAGGAUUCUUUUGAUGAUAUCGAUGACUGCCAUGCUUGUCCAGCUUCAACCCCAGAAGCUUUUGAAAUUCCAGAUGCUCAGUUCUUCAAUUUUGAAACUGGGAGGUCCCUUGAUAAGUUCCAGAUUGGUCAAAUAUGGGCAUUUUACAGUGACGAGGAUGAAAUGCCAAAAUACUAUGGUCAGAUUAAAGAAAUUGAGACUAGCCCUGAUCUUAAAUUGCAUGUUUAUUGGCUCGCUUGCUGUUGGCUACCAGAGAAUACUAUUAAAUGGGAAGAUGAAGAUAUGCUUAUUUCAUGUGGCAGAUUUAAUGUCAUUAAAACAAAUGAUUUUCUCUCUACUUACAGUAACCUGUCUUGUAUUUCACAUCAAGUACAAGCUGAUGCUAUUGGUAGGAAUUAUGCCAUCUAUCCGAAAAAAGGCGAAGUAUGGGCUCUUUAUAGGAAUUGGUCAAACAAAAUCAAGUGUUCUGACCUGAAAAAUUGGGAGUAUGACAUAGUGGAAGUUCUUGGAGAAGCUGAUUUGUUUAUAGAGACUUUAGUUUUAGAGAAGGUUAGUGGUUUUAGUUCUGUCUUCAGAGGCAAAUCAAAUGAAGGUUCUUCCGUCAACCUGAGAAUAUCCAGAAAAGAAUUGCUGAGGUUCUCUCACCAAAUUCCAGCUUUCAAACUGACAGAACAGCAUGACGGCAAUCUGAGAGGAUUCUGGGAGCUUGAUCCAGGAGCAGUACCACCUUCAUUCCUAUGGCCUUAGAUGAAGCUUGGCAAGGAAGUAGCCUUGGGUGACUGAUAUCAUUGAAAUUUGGUAAUCUGAUAGUUUUUUUAUUUAUUUUUUUAGAAACUUGGCUUUUUGUAAUUAUAAGAAAACCAUAGUGUCCGCUAAUGACAGCACGGUGCAAAAUUUUGGUGUUGUUCCGGCUACCUCUUGAAGGAAACAUGUUGUGCCGGUUCUUGGUUGCAUUCGUGGUUUUGGUUCUAGUUCAUUUGAAUCCCAGUUGCACUGUGGAUAUUUUAGUAUUGGACUAUAGAUUAAGAAAAGAAGUUUAUCUAUUCUGUUAUUUUCUA